GGUCGUCUCUCUCUCCCCCCCCCCCCCCCACUAGCUGCCUCCAUUUCCUCAAGGAAGGCUCCUCGGCGCUCUCCCUCCCCCACAGCGUAGCGGCGCACGAGCGGGCCGGGCGGGCGGCCGAGAAGUUUUCCCAGAGAUAACUUCACCAAGAUGUCCAGUGAUAGGCAAAGGUCGGAUGAUGAGAGCCCCAGCACCAGCAGUGGCAGUUCAGAUGCGGACCAGCGAGACCCUGCAGCUCCAGAGCCUGAGGAACAGGAAGAAAGAAAACCUUCUGCUACCCAGCAGAAGAAAAACACCAAACUUUCUAGCAAAACGACUGCUAAGCUAUCCACUAGUGCUAAAAGAAUUCAGAAGGAGCUAGCUGAAAUCACCCUUGAUCCUCCUCCCAACUGCAGUGCUGGGCCUAAAGGAGAUAACAUUUAUGAAUGGAGGUCAACUAUACUUGGUCCACCAGGUUCUGUAUAUGAAGGUGGUGUUUUUUUUCUGGAUAUCACAUUUUCUUCGGAUUAUCCAUUUAAGCCACCAAAGGUUACCUUCCGCACCAGAAUCUAUCACUGCAACAUCAACAGUCAGGGAGUCAUCUGCCUGGAUAUUCUAAAAGACAACUGGAGUCCUGCUUUGACGAUUUCAAAAGUUUUGCUCUCUAUUUGUUCCCUUUUGACAGACUGCAACCCUGCGGAUCCUCUGGUUGGAAGCAUAGCCACUCAGUAUUUGACCAACAGAGCAGAACAUGACAGGAUAGCCAGACAGUGGACCAAGAGAUACGCAACAUAAUUCUCAUAAUUUGUAUGCAGUGUGAAGGAGCAGAAGGCCUCUUCCCACUGUGCUGCGGAUCUUUAUAGCCUUUACAAUACGGACUUCUGUGUAUAUGUUAUACUGAUUCUACUCUCUGCCUUUAUCCUUUGGAGACUGGGAGACUCCCCCAAAAGGUAAAUGCUAUAAAGAGUAGAACUUCGUAGCUGUAGAUUAGUUACGUUUAAAAUGCCUACUUGCAAGUCUUGCUUCUUUGGGAUAUCAAAAUGUAUUUUGUGAUGUACUAAGGAUACUGGUCCUGAAGUCUACCAAAUAUUAUAGUGCAUUUUAGCCUAAUUCAUUAUCUGUAUGAAGUUAUAAAAGUAGCUGUAGAUGACUAGGAAUUAUGUCAUUUGUAUUAAGCCCAGAUCUAUUUCUGAGUAUGUGGUUCAUGCUGUUGUGAAAAUGUUUUACCUUUUACCUUUGUCAGUUUGUAAUGAGAGGAUUUCCUUUUACCCUUUGUAGCUCAGAGAGCACUGAUGUAUCAUCUCAAACACAAUAAACAUGCUCCUGAAGGCAUA